CCACCACCACACAAAACAAAGAGAGACAGACACAUAUUCAUUACACCACCAUGAUAAACUACGAGAACUAUGAUCUCUCCUUCCCUGACCAGCCCGUCGUCGACCUCUACCUCCCCGUUUGGGCCUCCCUCCCGGCCUUCCGCUCCAAGCCCGCCUUCAUCUGGGCCGACGACGGCCCCAAUCCUGCAGCCAAAACGACAACCGUACUGACCUACUCUCAGCUCAACGACGCCGUCCAAUCAAUCUCAGCCCAACUCCUCCUCCGCCUGAACCGCCGCGACACCAUCCUCGUCCUCUGCCAGCCCGGCCUCGACCUCAUCGAGGUCCUCUUCAGCUGCCAGCGUGCCGGCCUAGUCAGCGUCCCAAUGUUCCCUCCACACCCGUCUUUCCGGAACGACGCCUACCACCACCUGGCUCGGGUCAUCACCCAGACCCGACUCAAGGCCGCCAUUGCCCACCCCGACUACAUAGCCGGGGUUCGUCGUUACAUUUCUUCUUCCUCUUCGUCAUCAUCCUUCUCGAGCAAUCUUGCGCGAUUGCUCGAAGAGAUUAAGUGGAUAUCCACCGAGGACAUCAAAAGGCCAAUAGCAAAGAAGUUAUUGGGCGCACAGACCCAGAGUUGUGGGCCCGAAGAAGUGUACUUGAUCCAGUACACUUCGGGGGCCACAGGACUACCGAAGCCGGUCCUGAUCACUGCCGGUUCGGCGGUCCACAACGUCAGGGUCGCGCGGAAGGCCUACGAUCUCCAUCCCAACAGUGUGAUCGCAUCGUGGCUGCCGCAGUACCACGACUGCGGCCUCCAAUUCCUCCUCCUCACGGUGAUCUCCGGCGCGACCUCUGUUCUGACCUCGCCGUUCGCCUUCCUCCGUCGGCCGCGGAUUUGGCUGGAAAUGAUCUCCGAUUUCAAAGCGACCUGCUCCCCAGUUCCUUCCUUCACUCUGCCGCUCGUCCUGAAGCGUGGCGGAGUCUCAAAUCAAACCGAUUCGAUCUCGUUAGACAGCAUGAGGAAUUUAAUCCUCAUCAACGAGCCGAUUUACAAGUCGGAGGUGGACGAAUUCAUCGCGGUUUUCGACAAAUUGGGGCUGAGACGGGCCUCGAUUGCGCCGUCGUACGGCCUGGCGGAGAACUGCACUUUCGUCUCGACGGCGUGGAGAGACGUGGAAGACAACGGAGGAGGAAUCGAUGAGCUUCCGUGUCACAACAAGCUGCUGCCGAGCGCGGUUCUUUCGUCGGAGCGCGAAGACGGCGACGAGGAGAUGGAGAUCGUGGUGGUGAACGAGGAAACAGGGGAGCUCGCGGAGGACGGGGUGGAAGGCGAGAUCUGGAUCUCAUCGCCGAGCAAUUGCUCCGGCUACUUGGGGCAUCCGUCGCUGAGCCGGGAGGUUUGCAGAGCGCGGCUGAAGGACAGAACGAGCCGACUCUGUUUUCUCCGGACCGGAGACAGGGGAAUCGUCAUUUCCGGCGGGAGAAAGGAUCGGUAUCUCUACGUGACGGGGAGGUGCGCCGACGUGAUCAGGACGGCCGGCGGGAGAGAGAUUCACGCGCAUUACAUCGAGACGGCGGCGCAGAGGAGUUCCCCUGAGUUUAUCAGGGGAGGGUGCCUGGCCGGGUUCGCGGUCGAAAACGAUGUCGUAUUGGUGGUGGAGAUGCAGGGUAAAUUUGGCGGGAAAGAUGCGCUGAGCAGAAUUUGCGAGGGGAUUAGGAAGGUGGUUUGGGAAGAGGAGAAAGUGGAGGUAGGGAAGGUGGUUUUGGUGAAGGGUGGGAGUGUGCCGAAAACGACGUCGGGUAAGGUUCGGCGGUGGGCGGCGAAGGAGAAGCUGGUUGCCGGAGAGAUGGGGGUUUUGAUGGAGGCCAAGUUCGGUGGAGAAAUGGAUGAGAAGGAUGGAGGAGGAGGAAGAAGAUCGAUUGAGUUGAUGUUGUUAGGGUCUGGGAAUUACCAGCAGCAGCAGCAGGAGGAGGACAAGUCUUUGCUGCGUUCUCAUUUGUGAAAAUUGAUCAUUCCCUGUAAUUCUGCAGUUAUAUUGAAGUAUGAUAUCAUGUAUCCAAGCUUAAAAGAGUUGAGUGUGCUUUUUUCAAAUGAACAAGAUGGAGUCUCUACAUAAGAAAAAGAACAAGAAUACAAGAUGAAGGUAACAUAGUAGGUAGCAUUGUGACAAGAAGGUAAUCCUUUCUAUAAGAAAAUUAAUCAAAGGUU